CAGACACGCAGGAAGGCGGGGAAUUCUUUCUCGAAGUUGGAAAGUUGUGUUGUUUGUUUAUUCGGUGGCGAUGCUUCGCCGUUUUAUGAUGAUCUGACUGGCGUUUAACAGAAUUUGAAGGCCUUUUAUGGGUUUGGCCUACAAUGGACUGCAACGAAAAUUUCGACAGAUUUCCACAGACUUCCCUCAUCCUCCUUUCCUUCUUUAAGCAAAAAGGCUGCCAAAAUAAUGACCUUAAAAGAGAGCUUGAUGAUCUUGAUGAAAAGUUAAAGCUGCCUACCAACCACAACUACAUUGAGAGUGAUGGUGAAUUACAAACCGAUGGGCAUAUUUUUUCAAUCUCCUAUAGAGACCUUUUACAGGACCUUCAACAUGAAGUUCAGCCUCAACUUCCAGAAAAUGCUGAAGAAGCUCAGGCAGCAAGGGAAAUGGCUGCAGAGUUGAUCAGAAUUGCAGACCUGCUGGAGCAUCGAGCGCUCUCUCGAGCUGCUGACAGUCUAACCAAGAAACUGAAUGCUUCCUCCAUGCAGUGUUGGUCAAACCAUCUAUCUGAGGGAGUGCAAAGCUUACUUCAGCAGGUUUCAGGUGCCAAGGAGUUUAAAAAGGAACUUGUGGAGAUGGCCGUCACUUUUGCACUUAUGAAGACUGUGUGUGAACAUGUGCCCCAUUUUUUGUUUCAUCUUUAUGGCACUGUAGUUCAGUAUUUCUUACCACUUAGACCCCAGUGAUCCUUUCCAAUAUUGCAAGAUAUGUGAUGAUACAUUUGUGCAUCUUUGCCCUCUGUAAGGACAAAUUUGUAAAGAGAAAUUUAUAUUCUCUCUAAUGUAGAUCAUUAUACAGUCGUGAUCAAAUGUUUUUUUUGGGGGGUUUUCUUUACAACUCAUCUAAAAGUCAUUGUAUUUACUAAAACUUAAACCCCAGUUAUACUGAGUGUUCAUGUUCAUUUGUUAAUGUUUAGCUUGUUUUAUUUUUUGCUUUUUUGGUGCACCUAUUUUGGUGUAUUUUUAUUUUGCCACAAUUUCAUUUCAUACACAAAUGUGAGAAUCUAAAAACAAAUGCUGAAAUACAAGAUUAAUUUAUCACACAAAGGACUGUGUGCUACGCACUUUGAGUAGCUUCCCUGACCCUGCAACAGAUAUCACAUGAUUACCCAACCAUUGCUUUCAUGUAUAAACACAUCAUGAGUCAGAUCAGUACAAAAUACAGGAACUAAAGAGUUUCUACAUUAAGGAGGUUGUGUCUGACCAUGUGUCUUUUAAUAUGCUGAAAUUAAUGUUUAAAUCAAUACGCACAAAAUCAGGUUUGCCCUUAAGGGAAUAAGGUUUUAUUUCACAGCUUUUGUCUAUGGUACAAAAAAAAAAAAAAACACCACCAAAAAAAGAGGUGAGGUUGCCAACCACAGACACAUCAGAUGGAUCCUGCCUGUAGAAGUAAUUUCUGCUAGUUUUGACCAGGGUCUCUUUUGGAUAGGCACAGAACAGGGGAAGGUAUAGGCAAGGUGUGAAUCAGGUAGUCUUGCAAGCUGAAGAGAGACAAUACUUUGUGUGCAAUGUGUUAGGAGACAAUGGUAAAGAACUGAUUAUACUGAUCCAACUAAUGAAAAUAACAAGACUGACCUGUUCAGAAGACAUUUAAGAGACAUUCUGGUCCCAAAACCUGUAGUCAGCAUAUGAUCUCUGCAGCAAACAGGUAAUGUUAGCUUGCACAACAAAUAUCGUUUUACUAUUGAAUUACAAAACAUAUCUUGAUGUUUCUGAAACAUGGUUUAAGAUUAAAAACCCUGCCUACUAUUUUAUCAUGUUCUCAUUUUAGUAUUCACAGGUAUUUAUUGAAACCAACUUCUGACACAGAUUCAGGGAUAUUUGAUUACAAAAUAUAUCAGAUUAGAAAACUAAAUAUGACUUUCCCUUGUCUAGCAAAUCUUUCUUUUUGUGAGAAAUUCAGUCAAGUGUGCAUUGUUGCCAUGGCGAUAUUGGCUGUGCUGGUGUUGUAUUUUCACACCCUGAAGAGUGCUAACAAAUAUCUCUAAUUAUAUAUUGCUAUCUUUCUGUACCCUAAAGUAGUUCACAGUAUGAUGAUUUGAUGUAUUAGCAAUUCCUUUAGACCCCCCCCAAAAAUGUUAUGAAUAAAGUGAAAAGGUUUUCCAUUUGAGGCUGUGACCUAGGUUUCUAGUUUUAGUCUUUAAAAGGGGAAUUCAAAACAGAAACACGCAUGCAAGUUUAAUCAGACUUUACAUAUUCUAAAUUUACAUUAAAGUGGGUUUAUAUUAAUGUCCAAAUAAUGCAUAGAUACAAGUAUGAGCCACACAGUGGUUUAAGAAUUCACACAAAGUGUAUCAGUUACUCACCUUGCAGAGCCCAGAAACAACCCAUUUGAAAGGCAAAGCCCAUAAAGUUUUGCUUUAAUAUUUCUAAUAAACUAGGUAAAAUAAUAAUCAUGCACCAUCACACACGCUUGUGCUUUAAAAUCAAAAUUAAUUUCAUUAAAUGAAAGAUAUAUCAUAAUAAACAUGACUCACUAACAAAACAAAUGAACUUUACUUCCUGUGGAUAACUUUCAGAGAUCAAAGGUCUUGAUGUUCUUAUCCUUACUGUUAAGGCUAAUGUAUGCUUUGUUUUUCAGCGUGCCAUUCCGUCUCGCUAACUGGAAAGUGCUCAGUCUUUCAAAGCAUACAUCUGACCGCAAGCCCAUAGCAAAGUGUUCACUGCAUGGGCACUACGACUGCUUUUUGAAACUCUUUUAAAACAGUCAGCAGUGGUGAGGUGCAAAGACGUGGACUGUUUGCGUAUCUAGAAAAACUAGGUUGCACACGGACAGUCUUCGCAUACUGUGCAUAACAGAAAAACAAAGUUUACUUUGGCAUUUAGCCUACUGACCAAAACCUAGGUCACAGCCAGUGAACUACUAUGUUCACAAAUACAGCACAACAGCAACAUGAUACCCAACAAUAAAUCUGAAUUCACCUAAAACAGAUGCAUUUGCACCUGUAGUUCCCAUCCAGUCAUUAAAGGGUAAAUUCACCCAAAAUAAAAAUGUGUAUGACUUUUUCUCUUCAGCAGAACACAAAGAU